ACUUGUUUAUGUUUAACGCAAAUAGAAAUAUGAUAUUAACAUUUCCAUCAAUUCAUUUAUAAAAUGACUUUUAUUAGAUUUGUCGGCAAAACGUGCGGUUUUUUUGGCUAUGUUUUGCAAUAUGCGUGUGUUACGCACUGUACUUUUGAAUACAUCGGUGAUUUCGUCAUGUGUUCAGGACCUUCAAUGGAACCAACUUUAGAAUCCAACAACAUACUAAUCACAGAACACAUAACUCCAAGACUGCAACGUCUGCGACGAGGAGACAUUGUUAUAGCUAAGAGUCCGAGUAACCCUAGACAAAAUAUUUGUAAAAGGAUAGUAGGAUUACCUGGGGACCGUGUUAAAGCCCAUUUCCCACGUCGUAGUCAAAUAGUUCCUAAAGGACAUGUAUGGUUAGAAGGUGAUAAUUCCAGUAAUUCAGCUGAUUCUCGUAUAUAUGGGCCAGUUCCACAGGGUCUAAUCAGAAGUAGGGUCAUUUGCCGUGUCUGGCCACUAGAUAAAAUCACUUCUUUAACUGAUUUUUAGAUUGUGUGAGUUGUUUUUCUAUUUCACACAAUAUGGUGCCAAAGACUACAAGUAUAGAGUACAAAGUCAUUGUUAUAAUGUAUUCCAAUAUUUGAUGUUAAAAACAUGACACAACACAAUGUUAAAAUAACUUAAUUAAUAUUGAUUUAUUUAUGAAAAAUUCAAGCUAUUUUUUGUAAGGGUUGGUACAAAAAAGGAGAAUCACUGUGAGUAUUAAAUAAAUAUUUUAAUUUUGAUUUAUUUCUAUAGUCUUGAUUGAGUGAGCUUCCAACACCAGUUGAAUGAAUCUAGUGGUACCAAUAUCUAAGCGAAUAUUCAUAUCUCUGUUGUUCCUGUAAAUAAUAAUAUUAUUAUUAUGUAAUUAUUACAUAUUGAAAAAAAUAAUAAUUCAUUCAUUAUACUUCUUCUGGACGCUAAAAUACGAAUAGACCCUCUAGGUACAAAUUUGGAGAAGUGACCCAUUGCAUAGAACAUAGGGUUCUUUAUAAACUCGUCCUUUUCAGGGAAUACUAGAAUUGGUGCAUCGACGAAGUUGUUAGCCCAAUUAGGUCCACCUGUCUCACUUAGACAGAGGUUCCAGUCUAUCCACCCGACCACAAAAUUGUUUAGAUCCUGGAAAAAAAUACAUGAACGUUUCAGGAAGAAUGUUUAAUUUAAUGACCUUAAUCCCAUAAAAAGAAGUACGAAUUAUAGAGAUUUC